GGGACAGAGGAGUGAGAGAGGCGUAGCUAUGUUUCGCUUCGCCCUAAAUCGCCCACUGGUCGUGAGGCGAAGCAAAAAACCAUUGCCGACGCCGAGGAGCCUUCCAUUCAAUCCACCUAACAGUCCACAGAUCCUCCCCUUGUGCACCUGCUCGGUUUCCUCCCGAGAUAGCUCCGAUGUUGACGACCUGCCACGCGAGAUCUCCGCCCUCCUCUCCGGCUCCGCAAACUGGAAGGCCGUCAUGGUCGCCUCCAACAUCCCUCGUCGUCUCUCCCCUUCCGCCGUGUCCGCCUUCUUCACCGAGCGGAGUCGCGGUCAGAUGCUCAAUCCCAAAUGCCUUUUGGACUUUUUCUACUGGUCGGGAUCGCAGAUGGAUUCCCCUCACGCCUUGGACUCCUUCGCCUCGCUUACCAUCAGGCUGUGCAACUCUGGGCUUUUCCCCCAUGCCAAUGGACUCCUCGAGCGGAUGAUCAAGAUCUAUCCCUCUCCGGCUGCAGUCUUGGGGUCUAUCUAUGGGAGUUUUUCUCGAGAUGCGCAGUCUAAUCCAGUUGUGUUCAGCGUUCUGGUUGAUACUUACAAGAAGAUCGGAAUGCUGAGGGAAGCUGCCGAAGUAGCCUUGUCAAUGAAAGGUGGCGCUUUUUCCCCAAAUUUGAGAUGCUGCAAUGCGCUACUCAAGGAUCUUCUGAGAACUAAUUCGAUGGAUUUAUUCUGGAAGGUGCACGAUUUCAUGACAAGGGCACAAUUGGGUUGCGACCUCUACACUUAUACUAUUUUGAUUGAUGGCUAUUGUAAGUCAGGCAAUGUUGACGCUGCUAAAAAUAUUUUCAUGGAGAUGGAGCAGAAAUCAUGUGCCCCAACUGCGGUUACAUACAACACGUUGAUCUCUGGUUUCUGUAGAGUUGGGGCCCUUGAGGAUGCUUUUCAGUUGAAGGAGGCAAUGGUGAAGAAAGGCUUGGUUGCUGAUAAUUAUACUUAUGGUGUUCUCCUGAAUGGUUUAUGCAAAAAUGGUCGGUCGCAAGAAGCAAGAAAGUUGUUUGAUGAGAUGUUAGUGAUUGGAAUAAACCCUUCUAUUGUUGUGUACUCUACCUUGAUUGAUGGUCUUGUUAGAGAAAGUAAAAUAGAUGAGGCCUUCGGAGUAAAGGAUGAGAUGGUAAAAGUAGGGAUGCAGCCUAAUAUGGUUACCUACAAUUGUCUCAUUCGUGGGGUAUGUCGAGCAGGAAAUAUGUACAAGGCCCAUGAACUUUUAGAUGAAAUGGCUCGUAUAGGAUUGAAGCCAGAUGCACGGACUUACAAUGUAGUCAUAGAAGGGUUCUUCAAGGUGCGUAAUUCCCAAGCGGCACUGGGAAUAUUUGAAUUGAUGAAAAAUGGGAAAGUCUUACCUAAUCUGUAUACCUACAGCGUGAUGGUAAAUGGGUUUUGUAGUUGUGGAGAAUCUAGGCAGGCAGAGGCUUUGCUGAUGGAAAUGCUUGCUAAUGGUUUGGAACCUAAUGCUGUCAUUUAUUCCACUCUCAUUGCGGGUCAGUGUCGGGAAGACAGAACAGCAGAGGCAUGCCAGACUAUGGAUAAGAUGACUGAUAGUAAUGUUCAGCCCGAUACAUUUUGUUACAAUACACUGAUAAUUGGCUUAUGCAAGGCAGGACAUGUUGAAAUUGCAAGAAAAUACUUCAAUCAAAUGCAAGAGCGAGGGUUGUCUCCAAAUACAUUCACAUACGCAGCUCUCAUUGAUGGACUCAGCAAAUCUGGUGAUAUGCAUGGGGCAGAUGAGCUUUACCAGCAGAUGGCUUCUCAAGGAGCAAAACCAAAUGAUACCAUUUUAACGGCCCUUGUUGAUGGGUAUUGCAACUCUGAAAAUGUCACCAAAGCAUUCUCCACCUUCCACUCCAUGUUAGGAAAGAGUUUCUCUCCAGAUGUGAGAAUGUACACGGUGUUUAUCCAUAGCCUCGCAAAGUAUGGGAAGAUGCAAGAGGCUUUCCAAGCCUUCUCAGAGCUUCAGGAGAAAGGUUUGAUUCCUGAUGUGUACACUUUUAGUUCACUUUUAUUUGGGCUUUGUAAAUCAGGUGACAUGGCCAGGGCUGUAGAAAUCCAUGAUGAAAUGUGUGCUAGAGGUGUUGAGCCAACAGUUGUUACCUACAAUACCUUAAUUGAUGGUUUUUGCAAGUCUGGUGAUAUUGAAAGUGCCGAAAAAUAUUUCAGGACCAUCUCUGAGAAGGGUUUGGUACCAACUAAUGUGACGUACAGUAUGAUGAUUGAUGCAAAUUGCAAAGGUGGAAACAUGUCUGAAGCCCAUCUAUUGUAUAAUGAAAUGGUUUCUAAGGGAAUUGUUCCUGAUAAGUCUGUUUUGGAUGCUCUGAACUCAGGCUGCAAAGCGGCAGAUAAUUGAAAGACUGUUUUUCUUCAAUGGUACCAUUGCCAUGAGGCUACCUGACGGUUUGUUCAUUCAUGAGCUUGGCGUGUCGGUAAAGAGGAAGUAACUAGGUUUUUGUAGCAGUGUUGGACAAAGAGGUUUAUGUCUCCUGCUGUGCGGACGCGCAGCGGGGACUUAUAAUUAUGCUGAGAAAGAAUGUUUGCAAGGGGUAUGCCAACUAUUUUUGCCAGAUACUUUCAUCUAAAGAUAUCAAUCAUCAAUGAAUAUCAUUGAAUCAAAAA